UGCUGUCAGUCUGUCAGUAGGCUACUGCCAUGACGCGAGUCGGCACACAAAACCAAUUUCAGGUUUCAGUAAGGCCGAAAAGUGCAGAUUUCUGUCGUUUUAUUUGUAUACUAUCUUUUGUUACACUUUUAGCCAUCGUAUACUUGAUUAUAAAAACUCCAAUCGACGCAUUAGACGAUCCUUCAGAUCAAUUUUUAGUUAAAAACAUACCUGCGACUUAUACAAAACUAGAAGGUAUAGAUCCGGAUGAAAGGGAUGUUUUUGAAGGUUUUAGGACAUCUUUUUUGCCUGAAGAUGAGAUAAUGUUAGCGCAAAGGAUAUCUAAAAGAGAUGUUUACAAUGCUAAUGUGACAAGUGACAGUUUCAUUUGGGGGAUUGCGGACAAUCAAUACGAUCUCCCAAAUCGUGUUAAGCGAAAAAGUCAUUUUACUUCUAAGGACUAUGAUAGACAGAGUCAUACUACAAAAAGCAGUGCAGGGGAUGAAUAUAAUGAUGAUUAUAGCGACGAUUAUAGUGAAGAUGCCGAGCUUGAAAAUGGAGACAGCAACAAGAAUCAUGAAAAAAAUGCGAUAUUCCAAGAGCAAUACGUAGACAGAGGACCACUGGACGACGUGGUGGAACAAGUGAGAAGACAGCCAGAGUUAGAAGAAGGUGAAAUGGGUUCCUCUGCGCAUUUAUACAAGCCUUCCAAAUCCCAUACGGGUAUUCAUGCCUUCUGGAAAGGUGAAGGUGAUCGAUUGACAAUAAGAAAAACACAAGCGAUUAUAAUGAAACGAUAUAUGGACGCCGAAGCGGACCCGUGUCACGAUUUCUAUCAAUACGCUUGCGGUAAUUGGGCAUCUCUAAAUCCUAUACCAGCUGAUAAAGCAGGAUACGAUACUUUUGAAAUGCUAAGAGAAAAUUUAGAUACAGUGCUUAAAGAUUUAUUAGAAUUUAAGAGUUCUGAAAACCUUAAAAGUUCGUAUCCAGGAGAACAUUUGGAUCUCAGUGAGAACUUUUUGACACAAGCAAACCCACACAAAUGUUCUGACAAACAAAAUAAUCUGUUCAGUAGACCGAGAAGAGGGAGGUUUUUUAAAGGUCACGAUAAAUUUAUUAAUGAUUGUGCUAAUAAUAAAAAAGUAAAGAAAUUAUAUGAACCUUAUAAAGAUAAUUCGGAUAUUAUUAGUCGGAUCCGUCGAUACUUGGACCAUAGACCUAAACAAAUAACUGGACCUGGUUGGAAAAUGAAAUACGGAAUGCAUAGUUACCUAACGAACAAUAUUAUAUCAAAGGAAGAUUCAUAUAUUGAUAAACAAAAGUCGAAUAAAGACAAAAAACCUAAAUAUGAUAAAAGAAAACGGUCUACAUAUCAAAACUCUAAAAGGCCUUACGUAGGUAGAAAACUACAGAUGUAUUACACAAGAGUUAAAAAGAAACAUAGUCAUGGAAAGAUUGAAAAGAAAACACGAGCACCAACAAUAACAAUGUUAAAUGAUCCCGCGAACGGCGAUGCGGCAUUAAAAUCUAGAUAUUUAUUUGCGUCUUGUAUGAACCAUGAAAUUUUGGAGAAACGUGGUCAUCAACCAUUGCUGGAUUUACUCAACUUACUUGGUGGGUGGCCGAUAUUAAACCAACAAUGGAACAGUAGUAGUUUCGAUUGGUUAGAACUGAUGGCGAAACUGCGAGUUUAUAAUAAUGACAUUUUAAUAUCAGAAUGGGUUGGACCAGAUAUUAAAAAUUCAGACGAAUUUGUUAUACAAUUCGAUCAAACUAGUUUAGGUUUGCCCACUAGAGAUUAUUUCUUGCAAGAAUCAAAUAAAAUAUAUUUAGACGCUUAUAAAACUUACUUGGUAACGAUUGCCAAACUUCUCGGAGGCGAUCCCGACCAUGUUAGAGUAAGCGCUGACAAACUUAUUGCUUUCGAGAUUAGCCUUGCCAGAAUAACAUCAGCGCCAGAAGAUAGGCGUAAUGUAUCGGAAAUUUAUAAAAGAAUGCCUAUUUCAAAACUUAUAAAACUUGUGCCCGAAGUGGACUGGAUAAAAUAUUUAUGCAUUGUUAUGAACAAAACUAUACAUAAAAAUGAGACGAUUGUACUUUUUGCACAUACUUAUGUGUUGCAUCUUGUAAAAUUAAUACAAGAUACGGAAUCAGACACGUUGGCUAAUUAUCUAUUGUGGCGAUUUGUGAGACAUCGGGUUAAUAACCUUGAUGAUCGUUUCCAAACUGCAAAGCAACAAUUCUAUUAUAUUCUUUUCGGUCGUGAAGAAGCACCGCCGAGAUGGAAAAAUUGUAUCUCACAAGUGAACUCCAAUAUGGGAAUGGCUUUAGGAUCGAUGUUCGUUCGGAAAUAUUUUGAUGAAAUGAGCAAGAACGAUACACUUACAAUGACAAGAGAGAUACAGCAAUCUUUUAGAGAGAUACUCAACAUGACCGAUUGGAUAGACUCCGGCACAAAAAAAUUAGCCGGACAUAAAGUUGAUUCUAUGAUGCUUAGAAUCGGAUAUCCAGAUUUCAUUUUAAAUACAAAAGAAUUGAACGAAAGAUACAAAGAAGUUAAGAUACAUCCUGAUAAAUAUUUUGAGAAUAUUCUGAAUAUAUUACAGCAUUUAACAAAAAUGGAACAAUCACGUAUUGGACAGCCAGUAAACAAGUCAUUAUGGAACACAGCACCGGCAGUUGUAAACGCGUACUACAGCCGAAAUAAAAACCAAAUAAUGUUUCCAGCUGGUAUUUUACAGCCGCCUUUCUAUCAUCGUCAUUUUCCACGUUCACUUAAUUAUGGUGGUAUAGGUGUUGUUAUAGGUCACGAGAUCACCCAUGGCUUUGACGACAAGGGUCGUCUAUUCGACUGUGAGGGUAAUUUACACCGCUGGUGGUCGGACCCCGCCAUCGAGGCUUUCCAUCGCCGUGCCCAGUGCCUCAUUGACCAGUACGGAAGAUACGUUGUUCCAGAAGUCAACAUGAAACUCGACGGAGUUAAUACACAGGGCGAAAACAUAGCUGACAACGGUGGUGUGAAGCAAGCAUUCCACGCAUACCUCAAGUGGCUAAAAAAACACGGUUCAGAAGACGAGACUCUACCCGGUCUCAAUCACACGCACACUCAAUUAUUUUUCCUUAAUUUUGCUCAGGUCUGGUGUGGGGCGAUGCGGCCAGAAGCAAUGCGGAAUAAACUGAAGACAGCUGUGCAUUCUCCUGGCAGAUUUCGAGUCAUCGGUACAUUAUCCAACUCUCAGGACUUCGCCAAUGAGUUCAAUUGUCCACCAGGCUCGCCUAUGAAUCCAAAACAUAAAUGUUCAGUGUGGUGAUAUAUUCUUAAAACCCCAAUCACAUUGAUUAUGGAGUAA